CAAUUCAUGUGCUCAUCUUCUACCGCACCGCGGUCCGCCUCUGUUCUUUUUCUCGUGUGUUUGUUGAAUAUGAAUGUUCUCUUUUCUUUCUGGAAUUAUUUCGUUUAUUUUAUAAAAAUAAUAGUUAUUUAAUUAUUUAAGUUUCACUAUUCACUCGCAAUGUCAUCGCAUAAAUCUUUCAAGAUUAAGCAAAAACUCGCCAAAAAGCUGAAACAGAAUCGACCUAUUCCACAAUGGAUCAGAAUGCGUACCGGUAAUACCAUAAGGUAUAAUGCCAAAAGACGUCAUUGGAGGAGAACCAAACUGAAAUUGUAAUCGCAAUUGGAACUGAUCGUUUUGUUAUAUUUCUACUUUUGUAAGCCUAUUUUAUAGAUUACGUUAAUGACGUGUUGUCAGAUUUAUUAAUAAAAUUUCGAAAAUA